CGAAAUCAGGUCGAAAUUAGCAAGUAGCAUAGAAUUAUCUUAACUGUUUGCACGGGAUAAAUAUUCGAAAUUAUUGUUAUUACACUGUUCCUACGAAACACUGAUCUUUCGAUAUGAUGUAAUAUUACAAAAUAUAACACGAAGUGAAAGUUAAGAAGCAGUUAACGCGAAGCUUUUAUCGGUCGAAGCCAACGUGAUUUUUUACUCGCGUCAGUUACACGUGCGCACGGAAUUUCGGAGACGGUGAUUCGUAAGAAUUUCGAUAACUUAUUUUGGCCACGGAAGGAUAUACAAGCUUCAAAAUGGAUAACAAAGCACCAACAGAAUUGGAAACUUUUCUGCCCCAAGAUGGGUCCAACGUGAAAGACGGCGUGCUAACCAAAUACAAAGUACAAGUAGCUCCGCGAGAUGCGGAGGCUGGACAAGAGGACGGAAAAACGUUCGAUCCUUUCAGUGAACGAAUAGUCGAUAAUCCAACAACGGACUGUGACACAUUAACGCAUUUACUAAAAGCGUCGCUCGGCACUGGUAUUUUAUCCAUGCCGAUUGCUUUCAUGCAUUCUGGUCUCCUUGUCGGUGUAUUUGCAACGAUUCUCGUGGCAUUUGUUUGCACACAUUGCGCGUAUAUUUUGGUAAAAUGCGCGCACGUUCUUUAUUAUAAAACGCGGCGAACAGAGAUGAGCUUCGCCGAUGUAGCAGAAGUAGCAUUUUCUACGGGCCCAGAAUGGGGGAAAAAAUUUUCUAAACCAAUUAGGUACCUAAUUCAAAUUAGUUUAUUUGCAACGUACUUUGGUACCUGCAGUGUGUACACAGUCAUAGUUGCAGCAAACUUCAACCAAAUCAUUGAGCAUUACACAAAUGUGGCAGAAGGCGAGUUUAGUAUCAGACUGACAACAGCCUGUCUGCUCAUCCCUAUGAUAUUACUCAGUUGGAUACCAAACUUGAAGUACCUCGCGCCUGUUUCUAUGAUAGCUAAUAUAUUUAUGGGAACAGGUUUAGGAAUAACAUUUUAUUACUUAGUAUGGGAUCUCCCACCUAUCACAUCCGUGCCUUUAUUUGCGUCUAUCGAAGGUUUCCCGCAAUUCUUCAGCAUAACCAUUUUUGCAAUGGAAGCUAUAGGUGUUGUAAUGCCGUUGGAAAAUAAUAUGAAAACACCACAGCACAUAGUUGGUAUCUGUGGUGUUCUCAACAAGGGAAUGUCGGGAGUUACGCUUAUAUACAUUUUACUUGGAUUUUUGGGCUACGCGAAAUAUCAGGAUGCCACUUUGGACAGCAUCACAUUGAAUUUACCAACUGAAGAAAUACCAGCCCAGAUUGUGAAGAUUUUAAUAGCCCUUGCUGUCUACUGCACGUUUGGUCUACAGUUUUAUGUGUGCCUUGAUAUUGCGUGGAAUGGUAUAAAGGACAGGUUCCAAAAGAAGCCACUUCUGGCAAAUUAUGUUUUGAGGACAGUGAUGGUUACAGGAGCAGUUCUAUUGGCUGUGGUCGUACCGACUAUCGCACCCUUUAUUGGGUUAAUCGGUGCAUUUUGCUUUUCCAUAUUGGGACUUUUGAUUCCCGUCUUUAUCGAAACUGUGACGUACUGGGAUGUUGGUUUUGGCCCAGGCAAUUGGGUGGCAUGGAAGAACAUCGUCAUAUGCAUUAUUGGUCUCAUGGCUUUAGUGUUCGGAUCUCGUAGCGCAUUAAUACAAAUUGUGGCGUUAUAUAGUUAAAAGAAAGUGUUUUCAUACAUAGAUUUGUACAUAUUCCAUAAUUCCAAACUAGAGAUGUUUGGAAGACACACGAUUUUUACGCAAUGAAUUUCUGAUAUUUUUAAUAUUUUAAAAAGACAAUCAUGAACAACAUGUUGUUCCAAGCGCAAUAAUAAACGGAACCACGUAGGUAAUAUUAAAUUCAUAUCAGAAAUUUCAUUGCUAUUUAUGUGCCUACAAAAAGUGCUCUAGUAAGAUACAAAAAACUAUUUGUUAUAAUAGCAAAGAUUACUUUGGUUGCCAUAUAAAGAAGAGCUGGAGUGAUGAUAUUCGGUAGAUUAUGAUUCGAAACAUACCGACGCACAAAUGAUUUCUAAAGUAGUGUCUGUGGAGGUUAUAUGAAAGGGUUUUUGUAUUACGAAUUAUUAUGAGUAUAUCAAGUAGGUAAUAGAUUUUUAAGUGUUAGUAACGUUUUAUUAUGUUCCUAAAAGUUGUGUGGUACUUUUUAUUUAAUGUGUGAUAAAUGCAGACUGAGAGCUAUUGGCAGUAUUGAAGUUACACAAAAUAUUUUACAUCAUAACAGUACAUGAUUAACAUUCGAAAAAAGCAUAAGAGGAUAACAGGACUUCUCACCUUUUAAAAUGGUUAAUUUAACAUUGAAAAUUAUUGCAUGUAGGAAAAA